AUGACUAAAAAGACCUCCUCAAAAGCAAAGACAAUAACUGGUACCGAUGUCACAGAGACAUUGACUGGUAUCAAGGAGAACAAGCCAAUAUCAAGUGGUACCAGUUGCAGCAUCAACCAACCUUCCGAGACCAUUAGGAAUCUCAUACGUUACUGGCUAACUGAAGAAGAAGCCAGUGAUAUACUUUUACAAUUCCGCAAGGUCUGCAUUCCAAACCAUCAACUCCUAUGGAGCGACACUGACAACCUCACUGGGACCGCUUUUGCGAUCCGACGAUCCAGACUGCUGUUGUUGUCGGAAGACCAGGGAGAGUCGAAGUAA